CUUGAUACUAUUCGCGAUAAAGAAGCGCGUUAAAUGCCUCGACGUGAUUCAAUGUAAGCGACAAACGGAAAUGAACGACUUUAUUUACAUGGCAAAUAUGAAAGUAUGAAAGUAAUGGUGAGCAGGAAAAGGGAAAAGAACCGGUGCGAAGUAUCCCAGUCGCGGCAGUGGGUCAUCGGAUUUAAACAACCGGGCGUACAUUCAUUUCUGCGCAAGUCGCAUGUGCAACAGCAUCCACAGAGUGCGUAUAGUCUGUACUCGAGUCCGCUUUAUUCGCGUUAGAUUCGCCACAUCUUGAUACCCGCACGUUAUUAAACAUCGAGGAACAAUGAAUAAAAACACUCUUACGUUCUCGACUUUGGAAGACGAGGUGGGAGAAAAGUUAAACGAGCUAUUCGGGGUGGAACCCGCUCUUCUCAGGGUGCAACCUAGCGGUUGCUUAAUGCCGCCGAGAUAUGUUCUCUACGCGCAGAAGAUACGUGACAUGCCAGUGUACGAUGACGACAUCUGGAUGAUCUCGUUUCCUCGAACUGGAAGUCACUGGGUGCAGGAAAUGACGUGGUGCAUCGGGAACAAUUUUGAUUACGAAAAAGCUCGCACGAUUAUAAUGAAACGGAGUCCUACGCUCGAGUAAGUUGACUAGCGAUUUAAUGAUAU